AUGUCUGGGGGCUCAGAGAGUGAUGACUGUGCAACAGCUAAUGGGAUGGUUUACAUUCCUGAAGUAAGAAAUGAGGAAACACCAGCGGUUGGGAUGAAGUUCGACUCGCUUGACUUCGCUUAUAAUUUCUAUAACAGAUAUGCAUUCUUGGCUGGCUUUGGUAUUCGACUUCAUUCCAUCUUUCGGGGGACAUAUAAGAAAGAGAUUCUGAGGAAAGAAUUUGUUUGUUGCAAACAAGGUGCAUACAGGAAAGAUGAAACUCGGGAGAGAAAAAGACAGCGGGGAAUAAGUAGAUGCAAUUGCAAAGCUAAGAUUGUGGUUGUGAAGACAAAUGGGAGCAAGAAGUAUGCCAUCUCUCUUUUUGCAGAGGGACACAAUCAUAAGAUGACAGACUCAGAAAGAGUGCAUUUAUUGAGAUCACACCGUCGUAUUUCGGAUUCUACAAAAGUACUUACAAAACAGUUGGGUUCGGUUAAUAUCCCCAUUCAUCAGAAGGUAAGUAUUUUCGAGGUGCAAUCCGGAGGAAUGGAUAAAAUCGGUUUUAUCAAAAAGGAUAUAUACAAUCUUGAAUGUAGUGUGAAUGGGAAGUUGAGGAACCACGAUGUUGAACUAGUGACCGAGUAUUUUAUGGCUGAACAGAAAAAAAAAAAUGAGGCUUUUUAUUUCAAGAUUGAGGGAGAUGGCGAAGACAAGUUUAGUCGAUGUUUUUGGGCAGAUGCAACUUCUAGACGGGCAUACCGGUUGUAUGGAGAUGUUGUUGUAUUCGAUACCACAUUCAACACGAAUCGAUACGACUUGACAUUUGCACCAAUAUUGGGAGUUAAUAACCAUGGUCAGACAAUUGUCUUAGCAUGCACAUUUUUGAGCAAGGAAACGACUGAGUCGUUUAUUUGGAUGUUUGAGGAGUUUAAGAAAGCCAUGCAAGGUGGCGAACCUAAAACGAUCAUUACAGAUCAAGAUGCGGCCAUCACCAGAGCGAUUUCAAUAGCCUUCCCGACUACAUUUCAUCGGCUUUGCAUAUGGCAUAUCACAUCAAAGUUCCGUGUUAAGUUACCACAUUCUGCUUAUAAGGAGUAUUGGC